AUGUCAAUUCUCCCACUCGCGAUCGUCAAUGCCAUCUAUCGGUCGUUCAUUUGCUUCGAGUUGGUCAUUCACUUUUUUGGAUUUGCCGCCACUCUCUUCUUUUUCGUCAUUUUUUUCCGCUCACCGGUAUUUCACACAAAUCUCCGAUGGGUUUUGUACAGUUUUUGUGCGAGUUUUGCGUUGACCUCAUUGAUGCGAACGAUUUUGUGCAUUUUUCAUAUGUUUUUCUUGGAAGCUCUCCAAGCCUCGAGUAAUACAUUUUUGAGCAAGAUUAGUGAUUUCUUUUUACGGGCCAGAGAUACGUGUUUGUAUGCAGGUGCUCUUCAUAUGCUUCUGCUAGCCGGUGAACGCCUUCUCGCCACCGCAAAAUCGAAAACUUAUGAAAACGAGAGGCACCAUCUCCCUUUUCUCAUAGUCAUUAUCAUUAUGUGGAGUGCCUCAAUCAUUAUGAUGUUUUUCUUGAAAAACGGGAAACUUACGCAAUACCUUUUUGCUGCUUUGUACGCGGUUUCCGAUUUGGCGUCAAUUGUUUUGAUGAUCAUUGUUUAUCGUCUAAACUACAGUAAUAUCGUUUUGAAUCAAGGAACUCUUGAUAUCAGUCACGGUUAUCAGCGAUGGUGU